AUGGUGGUGAGCUGGCCCACUCGGUGUCCGAUUACGUUAGCCAUGCUAGAUGACAGACAUACGGAUCUCCCCAAACCACAGCAUGACGAUAACGUGUACAUUCUUGGGUGUAUCGGCAUGGUCGGUAAUAUCAAGUCAGCCACUGUGGCAGCUCACAUGACCUCCACAUUUCCAUCGAUAAAAUUUGGCCUCAUGGUCGGUAUCGGGGUGGCGUUCGGCCCAAAGUUAGACUUGGCGAUGUCGUGUGCACUACUAGCUGCUCUUACUAAGUUGGAGUCCAAGCACGACAUCGAAGGUUCUGAGAUUCCUAGGCAUCUUGAGAACCUUAAGCAAAAGUGGCCAAGGCUAGUACAUCAGUACUUGAGAACUGACUCCUUGAAUGACAUACUGUUCAAAUCCAGCUAUCACCACAUUGAGAAGAACGCAAGCGAUGAUGACUGGGAAAAUGAAGGGGAGGAAUUGAACAGUUGCGCUUAUUGCGACCACACCAAAGUUGUAAAGAGGAAACCUGCCGCUCAUGAUAUGCGCAUCCACUACGGCCUAAUUGCUUCCGGUAACCAAGUAGUCAAGGAUGCGUUUCGGCGGAAUGAGAUUAACAAGAUGCUUGGUGGCAAUGUUCUUUGCUUUGAGAUGGAGGCGGCUGGACUUAUGAAUGAUUUUUCAUGCAUUGUCAUUAGAGGUAUCUGUGACUAUGCGGACUCGCACAAAAAUAAGGAUUGGCAAGAGCAUACAGCGGCUGUCACAGCGGCUUUUGGGAAGGAAUUCCUCUCUGUGGUGUCGCCGCACGGAGUGGAGGAGAUGCCGAUAAUUAAUGAUGUCUACGAUAGCGUCACGAAAAUGGCUGGAGGUGUCAAGACACUUACUGAGAAGCACCAUAUACAAGAGCAACAAGCUAUACUUGAAUGGCUUACUCAGGUUGAUUACACUUCUCAGCAAAAUGACUUUAUUAGCAAGCGUCAGCUCGGAACUGGGCAAUGGCUACUAGAUUCCAAUGAAUUUCAGGGAUGGAUAGCCCAGACGAACCAAAUUUUAUUCUGUCCUGGCAUACCAGGGGCGGGAAAAACCAUACCCACAUCUACUGUGGUCGAUUAUCUCCACGGAAGGUUUCCAGAUAACACCACUAUCGGUAUUGCGUAUAUUUACUGCAACUUCCGGCAACAGGAGGAGCAACGCCCUAUGAAUGUCCUUUCAAGCAUUCUCAAGCAAUUCGCCCAAGGACAUAAUAUCAUUUCUGAGUGUGUAAAAAUUCUUCUUAAAAAACAUAAGUCCAAAAUGUCCCGCCCCUCUUUCAGAGAGAUUUCAGAUGUGUUAUGUUCUAUCAUAGAGGACUUUUCACAUGCUUUUAUAAUCAUUGAUGCGCUAGAUGAAUGUCCAAUCGCUGGUGGAAUGCUGUCCAGUCUUCUGUUGGAAAUAUUCAACUUGCAAGCUAAGACAAGAGCAAAUCUCUUUGCUCCGUCGCGUUUCAUCCCUAAAAUUGAAGAAGAGUUCAAAAGGAAAGGCGCUGUUUCACUAGAGAUUCGUGCUAGUGAUAAUGACGUCCAAAUAUAUCUGGAUGAUAAGAUAUCACGGUUGUCAUUGUUUGUCGGGAAGAACCCUGAACUAGAAGACAGAGUAAAGAAAGCAGUCAUUACCGCGGCUGAUGGAAUGUUUCUUUUGGCAACGCCUCACUUGAAUUCGUUGGAGGAUAAAGUUAACCCUAGACAAGUUGAAAAUGCGUUAAAAAAACUUCCCAAAGAAACUAAUGCAUACAGCCAGGCAUAUCAACAAGCGAUGGAAAGAAUCCAGAGCCAGUUACCCAGUUUCUGCGACCUUGCUUUCAAAACUCUUGCGUGGAUUUCUCAUACUAAAAGGCCUCUAGCCCCAAAAGAGUUGCAACAUGCAUUAGCUGUUGUUAACAACAUUCAUUAUACAACACUGGAAUACUUUCAGCGGACCUGGAGCACUUGGUUUCCAAGUGCUGAGACAGAUAUUGCCAAGACUUGCAUUAACUAUCUAUCAUUCAACGAUUUUCGUUCGGGUUUUUGCCUGACAGAUCAUGAAUUUGAGGAGCGCGUACAACUUCAUCCGCUUUAUUCUUACGCCUCCAAAAACUGGGGGUAUCAUGCCAACGCAGUUUCAGGGAUAGAGACGAAGCAUGAUACCUGCACAGCUUCGGUGAAUAUGGAACAGCUGGUCGCUUUUCUUGGGGAUAAAGAUAAGGUUUGUGCAUCCACUAGCGAUGGCCGGAUGCCGCUAUCAUGGGCUGCACAGAAGGGAUAUGAGAUGAUGGUGAGAUUUCUUCUUGACAAAGACGGAGUUAACCCGGACUCAAAAGAUUUUCUUGGCCAGACACCACUGUCAUUAGCUGCAAGGAAUGGGCAUGACAUGAUAGUGAAUUUUCUUCUUGAAAAAGAUGGAGUUGAUCCAGACUCAAAUGAUACUGAUGGCCGGACACCACUGUCAUGGGCUGCACAGAAGGGGCAUGACAUAAUAGUGAAGCUUCUUCUUGACAAAGAUAGAGUUGAUCCAGACCCAAAAGAUUCCUGCGGCUGA